UGCUGUUGAUCGUGGUACCGUGAACCACGAUCUUGUUACUCCCGCGUGCACCGUGGGUAUUAACACGCCGGAGGAUCCUCGGUGUCGUGACUGUGAAACAUAAUUCGAGAGGAUAAUAAGGGCAACUACCAUCCACAGAGAUGAGUUGCAACUGUCCAUUAACCCCUUCGACUGGACCGACCUUAGCAUCAACAUGCGGCGGUUCGUCCUUCAUGCUGUUCAUGGGCCUUUUAGAAGUAUUUCUCCGCAGCCAGUGCGACCUCGAGGAUCCAUGCAACAGGCCUCUAUCACCGCCUACCGUUAAUUCUAGAUACGAUUUUGUAGUUAUUGGGGGUGGCAGUGCGGGCGCGACAGUUGCGGCACGGUUGUCGGAGGAGCCACGAUUUUCGGUGUUACUGUUAGAAGCUGGCCUGGAUGAACCCACCGGGACGCAGAUACCUUCGUUCUUUUUUAAUUUCAUUGGCACUAACAUCGAUUGGCAAUACAACACCGAGAGCGAAGAUACUGCUUGUCUGAAUAAAGAUGAUCGGAAGUGUUACUGGCCUAGGGGUAAGGUGUUGGGUGGAACCAGCGUUAUGAAUGGCAUGAUGUAUAUGAGGGGCUCACGAAAGGAUUACGAUGACUGGGCGAGGCUUGGAAACAUAGGAUGGUCUUAUCAAGAUGUCCUUCCGUAUUUCAUCAGGAGCGAGGAUAAUCUUCAAGCAAACAUCAUGGAUUACGGUUAUCACGGUGUCGGUGGACCACUCACAGUCACACAGUUCCCUUAUCACCCGCCCUUGAGUUAUUCAAUCCUCGAAGCUGGAAAGGAACUUGGUUACGGUACCGCGGACCUGAAUGGACGAACUCACACCGGAUUUGCCAUAGCCCAAACGACCUCGAGAAACGGUUCGCGACUUUCAACGGCCCGGGCAUUCUUACGCCCAGCCAGAAAUCGACCGAAUCUUCACAUAAUGCUCAAUUCCACGGCCACCAGGAUCUUGUUCGACAACAACAAAAGGGCAGUUGGCGUGGAAUUCGUCCACGAUAGAGAGAUUCAUCGAGUUUCUGUGGCGAAGGAAGUGGUCGUGAGCGGAGGCGCAGUUAACUCGCCGCAGAUACUUUUGAACAGCGGUAUCGGUCCUCGAGAGGACUUGAAUGCCGUCGGUGUCCCCGUUGUUCACGAUCUGCCUGGCGUAGGUAAAAAUCUUCACAAUCACGUCGCCUAUACGCUGGCCUUCACUAUCAAUGACACUGACACGACGCCUCUCAACUGGGCAACUGCGAUGGAGUACCUUCUCUUCAGGGAUGGUUUGAUGUCUGGCACCGGUAUCUCCGAGGUGACUGCCAUGAUAAACACGAAAUACGCGAACCCAAAGGUCGACCAUCCGGAUGUUCAAUUGAUCUUCGGUGGUUAUUUAGCGGAUUGUGCAGAAACAGGCAUGGUUGGUGAAACGAAGGGUGCAAAUCGCACAAUUUACAUCAUUCCCACGUAUCUGCACCCAAAGAGUCGUGGUUACCUUCGCCUACGAAACAACGAUCCUCUUUCAAAGCCGCUGAUUUACCCAAAAUAUCUGAGCCAUCCUGACGACGUUGCAGCCAUGGUGGAGGCUAUUAAAUUUGGUAUCAAGCUGGCUGAAACUGAAGCUCUCAGCAGAUAUGGAUUCGAAAUGGAUCGGACGCCAGUGAAAAAUUGCGAACACUUGAAAUUUGGCUGCGACGCGUAUUGGGAAUGCGCCGUGAAACACGAGACCGCACCAGAGAAUCAUCAAGCAGGUUCUUGCAAAAUGGGACCACCGGAUGAUCCUCUGGCAGUGGUAGACAAUCAAUUGAGAGUCAGGGGAGUGAGAGGAGUCAGAGUGGCGGAUACCAGUAUCAUGCCAAGGGUCGUUUCCGGCAAUACAAACGCGCCAGCUAUUAUGAUCGGUGAACGCGCUGCGGACUUCAUCAAGAGAACCUGGAUCGGCUGAACGAGGCUUCAUCACGAAACGGAACUUCCUCCGAAAUCGAAGCGACAUCGUUCGCUGGAAGAAAUUUAUAGUUGACCCCGUAAACUGACUCGUAAGAUAUGAAACUUCGACGCGGAAGUUUAAUUCCUAGAGGCGACGAUGACCGAUUUGUUUGUGUGUUACAGCGAAUGAUGAAGUUUUCACCUGAUGCUUUUAAUUAAAGUUUCGACAAGUUAAAAUAAAAUUGAGAACGAUUAAAAUAGACAUUUAAAUUUAAUUGUCGCUGUUUGAAAUAUUUUCGAUUCAGAGCAUUGAGUUUUACUCUCGAGGAAUAUUUAAAGAAGAAAACCAAUAACGUUUACGUCCUGAGUUUCUUGAAAAAUCAAUUGAGGAGUUUCGUGGAAAGUUUAGAGAUUGAAAAUAUGAUGAAUUUGAUUACAAAUUUCUUUCAGCAGAGAGGAAAGCUAAGGUAGCGCUGUGCGCAUUUAAACAUGAAUAAUUAAUGCUAUGGAAACGUAUAUAUACGUCACUGAAGACUUUAGUGAAAUGUUAAAAUUUGUUCAAACAAAAUUAUGAUUAACCUGAAAAAUCUUGGGUUGUUUGUAGUUUUAGCAGAUUAUUCCAGCAAUGGCAGCAGCUACCUCGGCUUUAAACCCCUUUUUAUUUAGGAAAAGGGUACGAACUACUGUAAAUAGGGUUCAGCAAUAGCAUCAAAUAUAAGUAUUCUAAUUAUA